AUGCCGAGAGAGAAAGAACUGGAGCCGGUCUACUGCAGGGAAGCCAAAGAUAUGGGAAGGAACGCAUUACACAGGGAUCAGGUUCUGAGAUGGCAAGUACUAUAUCCUUUCUUCGCUUCUUUGUUCUGCCGGGCACUUUCUGAGCACAUCAGCUACUCUAUCCCUGAGGAAAUGGAGAAAGGAUCGGUGGUGGGGAAUCUCGCUAAGGAUCUGGGGCUGGAUGUGCGGGAUUUGCCGGCUCGGAAGCUGCGAGUUAAUGGAAAGAAGCAGCAUUUUGCCGUAAGCACUGAGAGUGGGGAAUUGCUUAUAAGCGACAGAAUAGACAGGGAGCAUUUGUGCGGGAAGAAGUCUGUGUGUGCCCUGACGUUAGAAACUGUAACUGAAAAUCCCUUAAAUGUUUUUCAUGUAAUCAUAGUCAUACAAGAUAUUAAUGACAAUCCACCUCAUUUUCCUCAAAAUAUCAUCAAUUUGCAGAUUAAUGAAUUAGCCCUUAAGGGUUCUCGAUUUGGGCUAGAAUCUGCUGUAGAUCCAGAUGUGGGUGUCAAUUCCCUGCAAAAUUACCAACUUAGCUCUAAUGAAUAUUUCUCUAUGGUUGUAAAGGAGAGUCCAGAUGGUAGAAAAUACCCAGAGUUAGUAAUGGAGAAACCUCUGGACCGGGAAAAGCAGAGUUCUCAUCACUUGGUUCUGGUGGCUGUGGAUGGAGGCAACCCAGUUUUAAGCAGCACCGCUCAGAUCAUAAUCAAAGUCACUGACGCGAAUGAUAAUCCACCAGUCUUCAGUCAGGACUUCUACAAAGUCAGUCUUCGAGAGAACCUGCCCCCGGGCUCCUCAGUGCUAAGGGUGAUGGCCACAGACAAGGAUGAAGGAAUCAAUGCGGAAAUCACCUAUUUCUUUAAAACCACUACGGAUAAUGCUCUUAACAUAUUUCACUUGGAUCAUAAAAAUGGAGAAAUUAAAACUCAAGGGCAUCUAGACUUCGAAGACAUUGAGAGAUAUACACUGAGUGUAGGAGCAAGGGAUGGGGGUGGUAUGGCUGCUGAAUGCAAAGUUAUACUCGAAAUUCUAGAUGAAAAUGACAACCAACCGGAAGUGACGUUUACCUCUGUGUCUAGCACCAUUGCAGAGGAUGCGGUUCCAGGAACCGUGAUUGCUUUCUUCAAAACCGAGGAUCGGGAUUCUGGUGUCAAUGGGGAGGUCACGUGCCACGUAGAGGAAAACGCACCUUUCAGACUAGAAUCUUCUUCCAGGAACUACUACAAACUGCUGACAGAUGGACCCCUGGACCGCGAGCAGACCCCACAGUAUAACGUUACAAUUACUGCCUCGGACAGGGGAAAGCCUCCUCUGUCCACCAGCAAAACCCUCACCCUCCACAUAGCUGACGUCAAUGACAAUCCUCCCGUUUUCCUCCAACCUUCCUAUGUUGUUUACCUCCCUGAGAACAACCCCUCUGGAGCCUCCAUCACCAGGGUCUCAGCCUCUGACUCGGACCUAGAGGGGAACGGCCGAGUGUCCUAUUCCAUCGUCAGCAGUGACCUGGCCUCUCCACCUCUGUCCUCCUACGUAUCGGUCUAUAGCCACAGCGGGGCCGUCUUCGCUCAGCGCUCCUUCGACUAUGAGCAGGUCCGCACCUUCGAGUUGACGCUGCAGGCCUGUGACGCUGGUUCCCCGGUCCUUUGUGCCAAUGUCACCCUGCAAGUGUUCAUCUUGGACCGCAAUGACAACGCCCCAAACAUCCUCUACCCAGCCCUGGGGCCUGACAGAUCAGCACUCUUCGACAUGGUCCCCCGCUCUGCGGAGCCAGGAUACUUGGUCACCAAAGUGGUGGCGGUGGAUGCAGACUCGGGACACAAUGCCUGGUUGUCCUACCGCGUUCUGCAGGCCACGGAUCCGGGACUCUUCAGCCUGGGGCUGCGCACCGGUGAGAUCCGGACUGCUAGGGCUUUGGCUGAAAGAGAUGCUGCCCGGCACCGCCUUCUGGUCUCUGUGCAGGAUGGAGGCCAGCCCCCUCUGUCGGCCACUGUGGCUCUGCAUCUGGUCUUUGCAGACAGUCUGAAAGAGGCAAUGCCGGAGAUGACAGAUGAGCGCUCAGAUACCUCCAAUACCCAAUCUGAGCUACAGUUUUACUUGGUAAUAGCUUUGGCGUUAAUCUCGAUUCUGUUUCUAAUCACAAUCAUAUUUGCCAUCAUUCUACGCUUUCGGAGAUACUCCAAUCGCAAAACAUUAGGUUGUUUCUCACCAGAUGUCUACUCAAGGCCUACAAUCCCAUCCAAUUAUGAAGAUGGAACCUUGCCUUAUUCCAAUCAAACAUGUUUGCCUACAGAAUUAGGAAAGUAUGAAUUCACUUUUCUUAAGCCCAAUGACCAGAGUUCUGCCGAACAGAAUUUCCUUUCCUAUAGUCCUUUUGAUGCUUUAGCAAGUGAUCCUUCUGAAAUUCCUAAUGAUUUGCAGAGCAACCCAGUUGGCUACAAAGAGCACAAGCAGAUCAGAAAUCAACCUCUGGGGCUGCACGGAAAAUUUGGCCACAAGCAGUUCCAGUUCUGA